AUGGGCUACUCAGAAUCGGAAUGCGGUGAUCUAGCAGAUGAUACUACUAUCAAAGGCAUUUCCGAAGCCCUCCAGACUCUGGGCCAUCAUGUCAUUCAUGUUCCCGGAAUCAAGCCCCUAGUCAAUCAUCUCGCCUCAGGUGAUCAGAAAGACUGGGAUUUGAUGGUUCUGAAGCACCAUAACAUACCAACCAGUCCAUUUCUUGUUGUCCCUCGCCUUGGGGAACCUGUUGACUAUACGCUUCUGGAGGAUCAACUUCCGUACCCUUUAUUCGCAAAGCCUGUCGCCGCAUCCACCUCCAACGGAAUUACCGCGUCGAAUAAGAUCCAGAAGAAAGAAAAGUUUCGCAGUGUCGUGGAGGAUCUUCGAUCGCAAUUCCCCGAGCAAGACGUUUUAGUCGAGACAUUUCUCGCCGGUCGUGAAUUUACUGUCGGGAUACUUGGGACCGGUGAAGAUGCAAGAGUUCUCGGCGUAUCUGAGGUCACUUGGUAUAAUCCUAAAGGCGGAUGCGACGAGGACGGAUGCGUGGACUUUGCUACAAUAUUUUCAAAAAGCGGAGGAGCAGACAAAGAUAUGGGGCACACCCAUGUUGAGCUUGAAGGGGAUGACCAGAUGGCUCGUGUAUCGCAAGUGGCUCUAGAUGCCUACAAGGGAUUGGGCUGUAGAGAUGCAGGGCGAGUUGAUGUCCGCUUUGGCCCUGACGGAGACGGAUCCAACCCAUAUGUCAUCGAGGUCAACCCCAUAUUCGGGCUGAAUCCCAACCAUUCUUUAUACACAUGGAUUGCCAAAAACAACGGUCUUUCUUACACAGAUUUGUUGCAGAACAUAAUCGAAAAUGCCCUGUCGAGGUACGAUUCAGUCAAAGCCGCACUGCAUUGA